UGACAGGGAUGAUGAAUCGGGUCUCACGGGAGAAGAAAUACUGAAAGCUACCGGAGAAGAAAUUGAAGCAGAGUUACUCAAGUAUUCAGGCCCGCAUCGAUUCGGCGAAUAUGAAAACUACAAUAAACUCGUCCUUCUCUACGAAAUUACAGACAAAACCAAAUGCGCCCACGCGGACUCCUUCGUCCACGAAACCCUCGCUCCUUCCUAUAACAAUAACGGCUCCAAUCCCACUCAAUUUACAUGCCACCGCAGCACAUUCACACACAUCAGCGGCGACCCCUCCAUCAUCAAAUCCUCAGACGAGAGAUUCAAGGCCCUGCAUAACGCGAAACGCUUCGUGGUCUUGCCAAACGCGACGGAUCCGUUCAAGGACAGCCAGAUCGAGCAUAGCAGUACGACGACUGUUGCCACUUUCGGCGUGGACUGGAAGGAUAGAGAGGCGAAGGUGCUGUGGAUCACGUAUGCCCCUGGUAUAGCUUCGUGGUUGCAUAAGU